CGGGGGCGGGGCUCCUGCGCUGCGAGGAAGUGGGGGCGCGCUGGCUCCAACUCCGCUCAGACAAAAGGCGGCGGCGGGAGCGGGCGGGAGGCGGAGCGGCGCCGCGAGGGCCUCAAGGUGACACCUGCCCCCGGCCCCGGCCCCCCCCGACCCGGCCCCACAGCCCGCCUCCCCCCACCCCAGCCCCUUCCCUCCCGGUGCCCUUUCUAGGCCCCCCGCCCCCCAGGGGGGGUGGGGAGCAGCCAGGGCCCGCCCCCUCCCGUCCCCUCCCCAAGGCCCGCGCAGGAUGCCCCCGGCCCCCGGCAGCCCCCCGGGAGGCCCUGAGCUCGACGCGCCCCCUCUCCGCCAUGUCCCCCCCUGGCUCGGCUGCGGGAGAGAGCGCCGGCGGCGGCGGCGGCGGCGGUGGUGGCGGCCCCGGGGUCCCGGAGGAGCCCACGGCGGCGGACGAAGGCCCCGCUCGAGAGGAGCAGCGGCCUAUCCAGCCCUCUUUCACCAAAUCCCUCUGCCGUGAGUCCCACUGGAAGUGCCUGCUGCUCUCGCUGCUCAUGUACGGCUGCCUGGGGGCCGUGGCCUGGUGCCAUGUCACCACGGUGACCCGCCUCACCUUCAGCAGCUCCUACCAGGGAAACAGCCUCAUGUACCAUGACAGCCCCUGUUCCAACGGCUAUGUCUACAUCCCCCUGGCCUUCCUGCUGAUGCUGUAUGCCGUCUACCUGGUGGAGUGCUGGCACUGCCAAGCCCGCCAUGAGCUGCAGCACCGAGUAGAUGUGGGCAGUGUGCGGGAACGCGUUGGCCGAAUGCAGCAGGCCACCCCCUGCAUCUGGUGGAAGGCUAUCAGCUACCACUAUGUCCGGCGCACCCGCCAGGUCACUCGGUACCGAAACGGAGAUGCCUACACCACCACCCAGGUCUACCACGAGCGGGUCAACACGCAUGUGGCAGAGGCCGAGUUUGACUACGCGCGCUGCGGUGUCCGGGACGUGUCCAAGGCGCUGGUGGGCCUGGAGGGCGCGCCGGCCACGCGGCUGCGCUUCACCAAGUGCUUCAGCUUCGCCAGCGUGGAGGCCGAGAACGCCUACCUGUGCCAGCGAGCGCGCUUCUUCGCCGAGAACGAGGGUCUGGACGACUACAUGGAGGCGCGCGAGGGCAUGCACCUCAAGAACGUGGACUUCCGUGAGUUCAUGGUGGCCUUCCCGGACCCGGCGCGGCCGCCCUGGUACGCCUGCUCGUCGGCCUUCUGGGCCGCGGCGCUGCUCACGCUGUCGUGGCCGCUGCGCGUGCUGUCCGAGUACCGCACGGCCUACGCGCACUACCACGUGGAGAAGCUCUUCGGCCUGGAGGGCCCCGGCUCGGCCAGCAGCGCGGGCGGCCUGAGCCCCAGCGACGAGCUGCUGCCCCCGCUCACCCACCACCGCCUGCCGCGGGUCAACACGGUGGACAGCACGGAGCUCGAGUGGCACAUCCGCUCCAACCAGCAGCUGGUGCCCAGCUACUCGGAGGCCGUGCUCAUGGACCUGGCGGGGCUGGGCGCGCGCUGCUCCGGCUCCGGGGGCGGGGGCGGGGGCGCGGCGGGAUACGCGCCGACUUGCCGCUAUGGCGGGGUGGGCGGCCCGGGCGCGGCGGGCGUGGCCCCCUACCGGCGCAGCUGCGAGCACUGCCAGCGCGCGGCCAGCAGCUCGUCGAUCUUCUCGCGCAGCGCCCUGAGCAUCUGCGCCAGCCCGCGGGCCGGCCCGGGGCCUGGAGGCGGCCCGGGCUGCGGGGGCAGCCGCUUCUCGCUCGGGCGCAUCUACGGCUCCCGGCGUAGCUGCCUGUGGCGCAGCCGGAGCGGGAGCGUCAACGAGGCCAGCUGCCCCACGGAGCAGACGCGGCUGUCUAGCCAGGCCAGCAUGGGCGACGACGAGGACGACGAUGACGACGACGAGGAGGAGGCCGGGCCGCCACCGCCCUACCACGACGCCCUCUACUUCCCGGUCCUCAUCGUGCACCGGCAGGAGGGCUGCCUGGGCCACAGCCAUCGGCCGCUGCACCGCCAUGGCUCCUGCGUGGAGACCUCACUGUGACCUCUGGCCCCUCGACGGCACCCUUGCCCUGCAGCCCCUUGCUCGUCUGUGUCCCCUGCAUGUAGCAGGGGGAGUCUAAUAGUGACUGCAGGGGGGCAGGGGCUGGGGCUGGGGCAAUCGAGGGCGCCCAGGACUGACCCCGGGUGGCCCCAGGAUUCCCGCCCUCCUUGUACAUAAAGAGUCAGAUGGAUGGCAGGGAGUUGGAAUGGGCGAACCCCACCUGAGCUGUGUGGUGUCUCUUCCAGCCCUACCCCGUCUCUUGGGGGGCGGGGGAUUCCUUCCCUCCCUACACUCACCCUUCCAUCCAGCCUUUCUACCCAUCUUCUGACUGUUAAGUGGCUAAUGUGCCCCCCCACACACACACACCCGGCUGGGGUCUCAUCUAGAGUUAGAAACCUCGCUGAGCUGCUGGGGAGGUUCAGAGACCCGUGGGGAAGGGAAAUUGGGGCUUUUCCUUACCCCGCUGCCUCACCCACACAGGCCUCUACUGAGGGGCCUGUGGUUUGGCAAAGGACAGGGCUGGUUUCCAAGCAGCUAACGAAUUCUGUGUGUCGGAGGCCAGGGCUCUGCCCCACGAAUCCAUCGCUAAAUCCCAGCCCGUGGAGAUGUUGCUGUCCUCUUCUUGGCACUGACCCCAAAGACUGGGGUUUCCUUGCGGCUGCUCCCUCCACUGUUGUUUAUCUCAUGGGGGGGGGGGGUCGGGGGAGCAGGAGGCCGAAUCCUGGAGGGACCACGCUCUCCACCUCACCAUGCUCUUCCCUCCACCCUCCCUGGCCUUGAGGAGCUGUGGCCUGGGCCCGGAUGUGGGGAGGUAGUCAGAACAUGGUGAACAGCCAAUUUCUGUUCUUUCUCUAAACUCUGCAGCCUCCUCACUGAGGAGGGUGUGUGUGAGACGUCACCACUGGGCGCUCCUGAAAGGUGGCCAAGGUGAAUCAUUUAAGGGGGGGUGGUGGAGUGUGAGACAGCUGGGUGACAGUGGGGACCAGAUGCAAAUCAGUCAAGGGUAGAGGGGAAGGGUGGCGGGGGGGUGUCUUUGGGGUGCCCCUUGCCUCCUCUCCAGAGUUGUCAGGAAUGGAGGGUAGUCAUUAGCCAUGUGCCAGUCCUCGGGGUUGAGAGUGUCACCACAAGCCCAGUGGCAGGCAUUCUCUACAUCUUGACCUGGCCCUCUGUGCUGCCCUGUCCCACCAGAUGAACAAGCCCUGCCAGGACUGUUCAGGGGCAUCCUGUUGUCAGCCCAGGGCACUGGGCCCCCAGAGCUGUCAUGCUUCUCUGAGUCCUCCCUCAAACCUCCUGCCCAGUGUGCUUCAGUGAGCAUGCCUGUGUGCCUCCCCCACCGCACCCCCCAUGUUUUCCCAGCAGGGGGAUUAAGAUGCUGUCUGAAGCUGGAGAGGAUAACCCCUGGGCCACCAACACUCCUCAUUACUUCUCACUUGGUCUGAGCCACCAGAGUCUCCCCUCCCUGUACCUUUAGCUUUUCUCAUCCUUCUCCAGACUCGCCAGGCCUGAGGCCCUCAGGGUUAGGCCUCCACCUAUGCAACAUCUACCCUGGCUCCCACUCCCUUCCUUCCCUGGGCGGGGGAAUGCAGGAAGCACAGAUUGUGGGGACUCCACAGGCCUGUGACCCUUCGGGGGUUGGGCUUUGCUUUAGUGUGGAGCUAGCUGGCUGAGUGGGAAGGCUCCGAUGGGAGGGAACAGCUGUCUCAUUCAUUUUCUCUGGGCAGCACUGCCCACCUGCUGCCAGCACUGAAUGUGCCCAGGGCUAGAGUCUGUGCCUCUUGGGGGGCAAGGCAGCUGAAGCACCCCUCUUUCCAUUGAAUGGACAUCUGUGAGGCACAGGUGGUGAGCAGUGGCCUCAGGCCCCAGUUCUGGGCCAUCUGGCACCUAGAGGCCACCUCAAGGCUCCAGGGAAGGAGGGAUUUAGCUUCUCCCCCAGGUUUGUUCUGGAGAGAGAACCUGAGGUGGGAGGAGGGGAAGAGGCCCCCCUGUUACUAUUUUCAUUUUUGCCUGUUUUGACCAUUUCUGCCUAGGUCUUCACACAGACAGCCUCAUCUCCCACACACGCACAGACUUAGAGAGAAACCAAGUCUUUUUGGUCUAUUUUCUUGGUAGCUUUAUUGUCAGGGAAAAAACAGAAAAUUAAUCUCUAAAAUUAAACUUUACACCGAAUGUUCUCGUUUCUCUAAUUAGAACCUCUGCUAGCAUCUGUAGCUAUGUACACACACACACAUACACACUUACACUUACACAUUUGCACUCCAGAACUGUCAGAGGUGUCAAGAAUGGGCAGACUCCGGAGGUCCAGAGAGGCUCUGCAGUCACUCCCAAGCCCCCCUCUGGUGCUCUGCUCUGCACCAGCCGGUUGCUAGGAGUCCCCGGAGAGCAGGUACCCUGAGGCUGGCUGCAGCCUAUGACUCUUCCUGGAAACACUGAGCUGGAGGUCUGGGCAACUCAGCCCUUAGCUGGGUGGGAGUUUUGGGACUCAGCCUGAAGCCCAUCUGACAGGACCUUUCAUGGCCCUAGAGACUGAUGUGACUCCUGUGAGUGUGGCCUGGAGUGGGCAGCUAUGGAAGGACGGGGAUGUGUUCUGGGGACAAGGGCUUGUGGGGUGGGCUGGGCCUGACUGGGGAGAAGACAGGUCUCUGUUAACUGGGUGCAUCACACUGUGGCCUUUCUGUCAUGGAUUUCCAAGCGCAAAGAUUGUACAAAUCAAACUGGUGGAUAAUAAAGUUGCGGUUGACUCACUGAA